GCUAUCUUAAAGAUAAUUAAACACUGCAAGGAGUUCUCGCCAGCUCUAGUGACAGGCCAGCUUCUUGGUUUGGAUGUUGGUAGUGUGCUUGAAGUGACUAACUGCUUUCCUUUCCCGAUUAGAGAAGAAGAUGAAGAAAUUGAAGCAGAUGGGGCCAAUUAUCAGCUUGAAAUGAUGAGGUGCUUGAGAGAGGUCAAUGUAGACAAUAAUACUGUAGGAUGGUAUCAAUCAACUUUAUUGGGAUCUUUUCAGACUGUGGAGCUGAUCGAAACAUUCAUGAAUUACCAGGAGAAUAUUCGACGAUGUGUUUGCAUUAUAUAUGACCCAUCAAGGUCCAAUCAGGGAGUUUUAGCUCUCAAGGCCUUGAAGCUGACAGAUUCAUUUAUGGAUCUUUACCGAAAUAACAACUUUUCUGGAGAAAAGUUGCGGGAAAAGAAAUUGUCAUGGGUGGAUAUCUUUGAGGAAAUACCUAUUAAAGUUUCUAACUCUGCACUUAUUAGUGCAUUCAUGACAGAACUGGAACCUGAUUCCCCGGUUUCUCAGUGUGAUUAUGAUCGCCUAAAACUAUCCACUGCUCCAUAUAUGGAAAGAAACUUGGAAUUUUUGAUUGAGUGCAUGGAAGAUCUUAAUUCUGAACAAAACAAGUUCCAAUAUUAUUAUCGCAAUCUCUCACGACAACAAGCACAGCAGCAAGCAUGGCUUCAAAAGCGAAGGGCGGAGAAUAUGGCAAGGAAAGCUGCUGGAGAAGAGCCACUGCCCGAGGAGGAUCCAUCAAAUCCAAUCUUCAAGCCACUACCCGAGCCAUCACGCUUGGAUAGCUAUCUCAUAACAAAUCAAAUCGCCAACUACUGCAACCAGAUCAACGGGGUUGCUGGUCAGAGUUUCAACAGAUUAUAUCUAAUGAAGGCUUUGCAUGAUAAUUGACUGAAAGGAUGUAUAUCGUGCAUUUAGUUGAAUGAUGGUUUAAUAUUUCACAAGUUGAUCUCAUGUUCAGUGUCUUCCUCAUUUUGUAUUCCAAAAAGUAGUCUAUUGUCAGCAUUGUAAGAUGUUUUCUUCAAUUUCAGUGGCCAGAAUUUUGUAGUUGAACUAAUAGAUGUCCAUUGGAAGUGGAUGCAUAGUUUGGAUGAGUUACUGAGAACCAUG